AUGGACUACGAGAAUGCAGCGAUGGAGAGAGCUAUUAGGGAUAGCAAGCGAAGCUUCGAACGCGAGAAGGAGUACAGAAAGCAGAGAGAUGCACAGUUUUUGGAUGACUUCAAACGAGCAGUCCUGCUGGAGGGGGGGCAUGUUUCGCAGCUCAGCUCUCAGCCCGUGGACACCCAAGUGAUCAUCGACACCUCCAACCCGCAGGGAGAGAGGGUGCGUCUGAAAGGACAGCAGAGCACAAGGCUGCAGGCCAUGAUGAAAGCCUUCACCAUGGACGAUUCUUCUCAUGACAACCAGGCAUAUCUCGAUGGAGGGAAUGACGACGAGGACGAUGAGGAUGACGAGUGGGACCCUAUCGAUAUUGUUGAUGACUUGGAGAGCGACGGAGACUCUGAGGAAGAUGACAGCAUGGCGAGGCGGAGAGCAAGUGAUCUGCCCGCCCCAAGAUCACGAGACGAGGAGCGGAAUCAGUUGGCACGUGCUCUGAGGGAGAGCAAAAGGCCGCCGUCGCUGGUGUCAUCCAGUCGAAGCCUGCGGCACUCCAGGAGGCAGGAUGUGGAUGAUGUGGUGAUAGAAGAUGCGGAUCCGGCUCCCAUGGUCACAAGGAAGCUGGUGAUGCAAGAUGCCGACCCAACACCGAGGGCUCGUCCUAUCCUCCCUCCGCCUAAGAAGAGGGUAGAAGGAUUGCAGGAUGCGAGGCCAAGACAUGCGGGAAAGACAAGGGAGGUGGACGACGAGCAGCUGGACAAGGAUAGAGAUAGGUACUUCGCGGGGAUCAUGGCAAGACGGCAGGCGAAGGUUCAAUCACUUCUCAACGCUUUGAGGCUUGACGUCUAG